UCACACAUGCCGAGUACGCAGCACUUCCGUCCGUGACAGAUUUCCAACUGCGCGCGCGUCUGCCUGAUGACUCCUGGAGGUUUUUCUAUUGGCUGUUGAUAGCACGUGCUACUGUUUACAUCGACCAAUUGCUUUGUGAGGGUUUGUCGGCGUGCUGUUGAGUUCAGCGCCAACGUUUGAUACGGCGAAGGGUCGCUGAGGGCUGGAAAGUAUUCGUUUGGAUGUGAUGGCGACGUAUACGGUCUGUGGGAACGAAAUGUAUUCGCUUUACCAGUGUAAAUCCUGUCACAGCGUCCUGAGUGAAGGCAUGUCUCUGUGCGGACACAAUGAGAACUUGACGGUCAUAGCCUUUCUACGUGUUACAAGUGAUGUUAACAUGAGUGAUGCCCUUGAAUUUGGAAUUGAUGAUGACCUGGAAGGCUGUGCUUUUAACCACCUGACUUGCAAAGGUUGCGAUACCCUCAUUGGAUUUAAUUUAUAUUCUGCAACACGUCCCUAUACACACCUCCGGGGAUUAUUCUGCCUCCUUAAACAGCACCUUUUAUGUUACCUUAUUGAAAGUAAAACCACCAUUGAAGGUACCCAGCUGCAGUUUGAUUUUACUCAGUUUAUAAACGGCAUACGAGAGCUGAAAGAAAGCUUGGCAAAGAUGUACAGUCGUGUGGCCACAUUAACAUGCAAAUCAAAGAAACUCGAACAACGUUAAUAUGAGUUAUUUAAAUGUUCUGUAAAUUUUUGUUCAAUAUCAAUGUCUGUAUCGUUCAUUAUUAUAUAUGUGUUUGCUAAUUAAAGCAUGUUUGGCUAUUUA